GUCCCAGGAGUGUGGGGAGCAUUUCUCCUGGGCAGGGGGCUCCAAGUGGGUCCCACCAUUGCAAUCCGGGGCUGGGACUGACCAAGAAGGACGUGGGAAGCUCUGCCCCACACCCCACACUGGGAGGGCAGCGCUGGGAACCCUGGCCCCAGGAGCGCUGCCUGGGCAAUCCCCGGACCCCAUCCCUCUGUCCCCCUGUCCCCGUUGCCGUGGCGAUGCAGGGGGUGGUCGUUCGUAGCAGUGGCGUGGGCGCUGCUGGCCGGGUGGGCAGUGCUCUGAGGGCUGUGGGGCUGCAAGCCCUCCCCACGCCCAGCCAGGGACAGAGCCCCCCGAGGGCCGGGCAGAGAUCGUGCCCAGCACUGCCGGCUCGGCGGGACCCCCGGGACGGGCACAGGGGCUGGCAGGGACGCGUCGCCUGCGCCGAGCGCUACCUGUGGGGACACCGGUGCCGGCCAGGUGUGCCCGUGGUGGGGCUGGCUCAGGCACUCCGUGGCACCCCACGGCUCCCGAGGGAGGGCAGGCAGCGCUGGGCUGUGCCGACCAGAGCCCCCGGCCCCAGCAGUGUGGGGCACAGCUGAGGGGCAAGGGGGCGGCUCUGGUAGCAGCAAUGGGGCCGAGCUUGUCCCCAGGACAGCAGGACACUGCCGGGACAGCUUUUCCGGGGACAGCGAGAUACGCUCCCAGCCAGCCCCUCCUGGACCACCCCCGGGGCCCCGGCCCCGCCGGGUUUCCCUGCCGCGGGGGAGGAGGAGGGUGCAGGGAGUCCCUGGCCGCCGCUAGCCCGCGGACAAAGCCCCGCUCCCUCCGGCCCGUGGCGGCCGCGGGGCGGGGGCUGGGGCCGGGUCCCGCCGGGGCGGCGUGGGGCGGUACCGCCCGGGAACCGCCCGCCUCCUCUUCCGAGCGGCCCUCCCCGCCCGGGGCACCGGCGGGGCUGCGGGGCCGGAGCGGAUCGGUGCGGCCCGGUCUGCAGCGCCCGGGCGGCUUCGCGGCCGCGGCGGAGCCCCGCGCUCGCUCCGGGAUGGCGGCGCGGCCGGUGCUGCCGGUGCUGGCGGCGCUGCUGCUCUCGGCGGCUCCGGAGCCUGUCCCGCGGGUCAGCCUGCCCUACGACUCGGCCGAGAGGGUGGUGCGGCGCUUUGAGGCACCCGGGGUGUCCAACUACACGGCCCUGCUGCUGAGCCCGGACGGCGGGACCCUCUACCUGGGGGCACGAGAGCUGCUCCUCACCCUCAACACCAGCAACUUUCAGCCCAGCUCCCCGGCCCGUAGGCUGCUGUGGAGUGCGGAUGAGGAGAAGAAGAGGCAGUGUGUGUUCAAGGGCAAGGACCCCCAGAGGGACUGUCACAACUACAUCAAGCUGCUGCUGCAGCUGAACAGCACCCACCUGUACACCUGUGGGACCUGCGCCUUCAGCCCAGCCUGCGCCUACAUCAACGUGCAGCACUUCAGCCUGGAGCGGGACGCGUCGGGGAAGGUGGUGCUGGAGGACGGGAAGGGACGCUGCCCCUUCGACCCCGAGUACCGCUCCACAGCUGUCAUGGUCGACGGCGAGCUCUACGCCGGGACCGUCAGCAACUUCCAGGGCAACGAGCCGACCAUCUCCCGCAGCCAGGAGAGCCGCAUCGCCCUCAAGACCGAGAACUCCCUCAACUGGCUGCAAGACCCAGUGUUCGUGGGCUCAGCCUACCUGCGGGAGAGCCUCCCUGCCGGCAACCCUGAGGGCGACGACGACAAGGUCUACUUCUUCUUCCGCGAGACCGGGAAGGAGUUUGACUAUUUUGAGAACACCAUCGUCUCCCGCAUCGCACGCGUGUGCAAGGGGGACCAGGGCGGGGAGCGCGUGCUGCAGCGCCGCUGGACAACCUUCCUGAAGGCACAGCUGCUCUGCUCACACCCGGAGGAUGGGUUCCCCUUCAACGUGCUGCAGGACAUCUUUGUGCUCACGCCGGGUGAGCUGCGCUGGAGGGACACACUCUUCUACGGUGUCUUCACCUCGCAGUGGAACAAGGGUGGACUGGGCAGCUCGGCCGUCUGCGCCUUCCCCAUGCACAGCGUGCAGCGUGCCUUCGGCGGGCUCUACAAGGAGGUGAACCGCGAAACGCAGCAGUGGUACACGGACACCAGCCCCGUGCCAGAGCCCCGGCCAGGCAUGUGCAUCACCAGCCACACGCGGCACCUGAAGAUCAACUCGUCGCUGCAGAUGCCAGACCGGGUGCUGAACUUUAUCAAGGACCACUUCCUGAUGGACAGCCCGGUGCGCAGCCAGCCGCUGCUGCUGCAGAGCCAGCGGCGCUACCAGCAGAUCGGCGUGCACCGCGCGCAGGGCCUGCACGGCACCUACGACGUCCUCUUCCUGGGCACGGACGACGGGCGGCUGCACAAGGCGGUGCGGGUGAACCACAGAGUGCACAUCAUUGAGGAGAUCCGCCUCUUCCCUGACGGGCAGCCCAUUCUCCAGCUGCUGCUGGACCAGGACCAGGGCCUUGUCUACGCAGCCACCUACACAGCAGUGGCCCAGGUGCCUUUUGCCAACUGCAGCCUGUACCGCAGCUGCGGGGAAUGUGUGCUGGCACGGGACCCCUUCUGCGCCUGGAGCCGGGGUGCCUGCCGCAGGGUCGCCCCACAUCCCCCGGCACACCCACAGCUCUGGGCACAGGACAUCGAGGAUGCCGACACGGAGCGGCUCUGCCAGCUGGCCAACGCCUCCCAGCCGCGUCCCCGCAUCCUGCUGACGCCAGGCUCAGGCGCCGCGUGCCAGCAGAUCCAGCUCCCUCCCAACGCGGUGCGGCCGCUGCCGUGCCGGCCGCUCUCCAACCUGGCCUCGCGGCGCUGGCUGCACAACGGGGCCCCUGUCAACGCCUCCUACCUGGUGCUGCCCGACGGGGCCCUCAUCCUGGUGGGCAGCCCGGAGCGUGCGGGCACCUACGAGUGCUGGUCGCUGGAGGAGGGCUUCCGCAAGCUGAUGGCCAGCUACUGCGUGGGCGUGCAGGAGCCAGCCCUUGGGCCGGCGAACCCUGGCAGGAAGGUGGCUGCCGGCCGCGACGCCCUGGAGACGGUCAGCACGUCCCGGAGCACCUCGGCGGCGGGCAGUGCUGCGGCACGGCUGGACGGCAAGACCUACUGGACCGAGUUCCUGGUGAUGUGUGUGCUCUUCGCCGCUGCCCUCCUCGUGCUGGCCUUCUUUGUGCUGCACCGGCACCGUGACGGCAUGAAGGCCUUGCUGGAGCCCGGCGACCCCAGCAGGCACCAGAAGCCGCCCCGCAAGCCAGUGGAGAGCCUGCCCCUGAAUGGCAGCAGCCUGCCCAGCACGGCUCCCGAGCACAAGGGCUACCAGGCCCUGCAGGACAACUACAUCGUCAGUACCCCCGUGCAUGAGCCCCCAGGACCCCCACGCACCUUCUCUGAGUCAGAGAAGAGGCCUCUCCACGUCCGUGACAGCUUCGUGGAGGUGUCUCCUGCCUGCCAAAGACCCCGGGUGCGCCUGGGCUCCGAGAUCCAGGACUCGGUGGUGUGAGGGGGAUGAGAGCCAGCCCUCGCUCACGACUGCCUCUGCUCUGCUGAGCCUCGCUGGACCAUGCACCACUGCCAGGUCCGUGUUGUCUGUGUGUGCAUGCCCAGAGCCUGGCACCCACCCUCUGCGGCAGCGCCCACCGGCCAGUGGGGUGUAGACCCUCGCGGGCUCCCUGGGCAUCACCUCGGUGGUACUUGUGGGUGUGAGGGGUGCCUCCUGCCUUGCAGGGUCCUGCAGGACGGUCCCAGCCCAGCGUCCCUGCUGCAGGGAUAGACACGGUUCCUGGCUUGGGCUGCUGGUGCGGGCUCUGCCAGCCCUGACCCCUCUAUGCAGAGGGCAGGAGGGGGCGGCCGCAGACCCCUCGUGCCCCAACUCACUGUGACGUCCCGCUGGGGACCCAGGGCCAGCGUGCGGCUGGGCAGCGCCAGCCCCGCGGCAUGUGCUGUGUGUCUGUGCUUGGUUCGUUUUUAGUACGUGGAAAAUGUGAAUUGUGUCGGGGAAGGGGAGCUGGGAACAGCUGCCCCUGCGCUGGGUGGGCAGGGACACCCCCACGGCCCCACGUGCGUGUGCGGAAACGUCUCUCGUUUUUAUAUAAAGUCCUUCAGACACGUGUGUGCGGCAGGCUGAGUGCCUUCCCGGGCCAGAACCAUCCCAGCUGGCCCCGUGGAGAGCAGCCACGCCUGGCUCUCACUGCAGAGGAAGAUCUGCCCGUGCCUCCAGCGGGGGCAGAGGACGGUGCUGGCCAGCCGCUCUGCGGAGUCCCCUCCUCGUGUGCUUGGCUGAGCCCUGGCCAGGGCACGCGGGGCCGGGCAGGGACAGUGGCUGUGUCCCUGUGACCCGCUGCCAGGCUGUCACUCGGGCAGCCCUGGGCUGUCCUGGGCCGUGCCUGGAGCCCCGUGCCCUGGCAGUGUGGUGCAGGGUGGCCCUGUGGUGGGGGAGUGCAGAGCAGUGGGGUGAUGCCAUCCUGGCACCGUGACAAACAGAAGGCUGAGCUGACCAGGAAUAAGAAAAUUUGGGGCCUGGGGCUGGGAAGAGGGCAGCCCCCAGCUGGAGAGAGGCUGUGAGAGCCCCUUCCCUGGACCACAGUGUUGUGCUGCAUGUGGGACCCAGUGCUUGUGCAGUGGGCAUCAGCUCCUUGUCCCCAUCCCACCCUGCUGUGGGCUGAUCCUGGACACUGGGCCAGCAGGACCUGACUCCGUGGCGGCUGAGGGCGAGGCCUGGGAGUGCAGCCAGUGCUGGUUUUGAGCCCGCACACAACCGGGAAGCACCGGCAGUGCCAGCACAGGGCUGGGGGAAGCGGUGAGCUCCGCAGGGAUGGCGUGUCCAGGCAGGAUUCCCCCGAGGGACCAGCUCUGCCUUGCUCCCAGCUGGACCCAUGCACUGAACUUCCUGCACAGCCCGUUCUGGGACAUCAAAAAAGCCACUGGAGGCGUUGGCUGGUGAGCUGCCAACAGACACAGCCCUGGGGCUGUAGGGGCACAGGCCUCGGCGGGCAGAUACCGUCAGCACCGGGGGCAGCGGGCUGGAAGGGCUGGCAGCGCCAGGAGCAGCAGCCGCUGUGUGAGAAACGGCCACGCCAGAGCCCCGAGAGCCAGCAGCUGCUCUGCCCCAGCCCCGGGCUCUGCGCCCCACGGCAGUCCUGGCAGGGCUGCUGGCUGCGGGCCGGCGCAGAGAGG